CGGCCCAUGACUUUAUGGGCCCGAAACGAGCCCGAGGCCCACAGCCAACGAGCCCACAGCCCACGAGAAAUAAACCUCCCCCUCGGUCUCGGAGACCAAGAAGUCCAAGAACCAAACUCCUCGGUGCGGCGGCGGCGGGACGCCAUCUUCUUAUUCUUCUUCUUCCUCCCCAAGAAGCUCCCCGCCACCUCGCACGCGCGCAGAUCGCACCGAAGGCAAUGGAGUCUCCCGAGCCCGCCGCGCAGCCCAGCCCCGCGCAAGAGCCCUCCACGCCAGCCGCGGCUGGGCGAGAAGAGGCGCCGCGGGAACCGGUCCCGGAAGCAGCCGCGGCGGCGGAGGCGGCGGAGGAGGCGGAGAAGGUGGAGGGGGAAGGGGGAGGAGGAGGAGGAAGGAGAGUGCGGGUUCUGCCUCUUCAUGAAGGCCGGGGGCUGCAAGGACGCCUUCGUGGCGUGGGAGGAGUGCGUCGAGGCGGCGCAGAAGGAGGGCGCCGACAUGGUCGAGCGCUGCUACGAGGUCACCGCCAACCUCAAGACGUGCAUGGAAGCGCACGCCGACUACUACGCGCCCUUGCUCCAGGCCGAGCAGGCCAUCAACGAGCGCGCCGAGGCCGCCGCCGCCGCCGCGGAAGGGGAGCCAGCGUCCGAUGGGGAGAAGAAGGGAGAGGCCGUGCCGCAGCAGGAUGCUCCCGCAUCGCCGGCCUCCGGCGAGGGGAACAAGGGAGAAGCAGUUGCCGAGAAGGUUUGAGUAACUAACAAUUGGUAGAUUGGUUAUUUAGGUUCAUACUUCCUGAGGUUAAUUUUUGGUUCCCUUUGUGGGGGAAAUAAGGCUGUUCCACGCUUAAUUGUUGGAACGAUGCUCAAUUGCUGGGACGUGGCAUUCAAUUUACGGAAGAAAUUUUGAUACUGUGCUGAUCUUGAUAAUGCUACCUGUUGAUUUAUCUCUUUCCACUGAAA